AUGGGGUUUUGGGGUUUUGGGUGGAAUUUGGAUUUGGUUAAGUUUUUCGAAGAUGGAGUGUUGCUGCCGAGCCUCGCGCUGAGCGCGGUUCUUCGCGCCGGGCGCGAGACCACCUGGGGGCUCCUUUUUGACAAGCCUGUCGGGCGCAAGGAUGUGGCGGAGGCUGAGAGAGCUGCAGCUGGUGCAGCAAGGCCCACGGGGUCACAAGAGAUCCGGGAUCUUGCUGAAUUCUGGAAAUGCCAUCCUCCACAGUUCACGGGGGAUGCAGAUCCAGAGGCAGUUGACCGAUGGAUAUGUGAGUUGGAGAAGAUCUUUGCUGUUCUGGGAUGUUCUCCGGAGAAGAGGCUGACAUAUGCUGUGUAUAUGCUUGUGGGAGAGGCUGAACAUUGGUGGAGGGGCACUUAUCAGAUGCUUGCUGCUAGAGGAGUUACAGUUGAUUGGGAGUGCUUCAGGACAGUGUUCAUGGAGAAGUACUUUCCUGAGAGUGUGAGGCACGCCAAGGAGGCUGAGUUUAUGCGACUGCAUCAGGGAGGGAUGACAAUUUCGGAGUAUGCGAUGAGAUUCGAGCACCUAGCUCAUUUUUAUUCGCAAGGUAUAGCUGAGGCCUGGAAAUGCAGGAAGUUUGUUGAUGGACUGAGAUAUGAGCUGAAGAGGGUGGUGACUGUUGAGGGGCCAUCUGGGUCCAAGAGAGGUGGGAAUCAGAGGAAGCCAUAUGAUAGGCCCCAACCACAGCAAGGGGGUUCUGUCAUUAGGCAGCCUUCUGGUGCUGCUGGUGGAGGUAGACAGGGUGGAGGUGCCACUCUGAGAUGUUACAGGUGUGUUGGGCCCCAUUUUGUCAGGAGGGCUGAUACUCAGAGGAGUAGUGUGCAGAGAGCUGAUACUCAGAAGGGUGACAGACCCACUACCGCUGGUAGGGUAUUUGCUUUGACGGGUGCUGAGGCUUCGACUUCUUCUGACCUUGUGAAGAGGAAGGGCAAAGCUGCUGGGUCAGUUGGAGGACCUGUUGGAAAAGCAGCUGGUGCGGCUGAGUGUUUCGCCGUGGGGUGCUCCGGUGUUAUUGGGUCUGGGGUGUGUGUUGAUGCAAAACAGGAGAGUGGUGGUGUAUGCUUCAAGGCAACUGAAGAAUCAUGA